AGAAGAUGGUGCUCAAACUUGGGAGGAAUUCCUCCGGCUUGGGGGAGCUCAGUGAAGAAGAUGUCAGCUUUCACCCCAAGGAAAAGGAAGCAACGUUCUUUGAACCGCGACAACCUGUUACCAGAUAGUCCAUCGAAGAAAUCACUUUUGGACUUGAGUGAAAAUACAUUUCUAUCUACUGAAGAGUACACUAGCCUAAACAGUGAUAAAAAUGAGGAAAAGGUGCAUGGCUCUCAACAAGGUCAUUUCAUCUCAAGUCCACUCAAAACAACUGAGAAAAACAGAUUGCCAUCUGCAAACCAAGGCUCACCAUUUAAAUCUGCUGUGUCUACCGUAUCCUUUUACAACAGAGAUAAGUGGUACCUCAAUCCACUGGAGAGAAAGCUGAUAAAAGAUUGUAGAUCCGCUUCUCUAAAAGCUACUGAAGAUACACCUUUACCCAGUGGGACAGAAAAUAAGCAGAGAAAACCAGUCUGCUCCAAGAAGAUGAACAAAAAAACACAGAAGAGUUUAACUGCCAAGCACCAACAGGGUUAUAAAUGCAUCAAGCCUAUCUUGAAGAAUUCUAAAAAUUCCAAGCAAAGUCGAGUGACCUAUAAGCCAGUUGUAGAGAAAGAGAAUAACUGUUACUCGACUGAAAAUAAUCUAAAUGCACCUCGAGUUCUAAGCCAAAAAGUCAAACCCCCAGUUACGCUCCAGGGUGGGGCAGCGUUUUUUGUUAGUAGAAAAAAAUCCUCUCUUAGAAAUUUGUCUCUUGAAAAUAAACUAUUACUGGAACUCACCCAGAAGAAUGUAGCCGAAGAUUCUGAUGUAGAGACUGUCAACAAAAGAAAAACUUUUGAGACAAAGCAGGUGCCCAAGUGCUUGUCACUAGAACAGGAGCUGAACUUGGAACUGCUGAGUGCAAGCAGUAAAAAUGAAGAGAAGUUAAUAAAGAACUCAUUAGCUGGAGUACUUCCUUCAAAAGAAUGCAAACCUGAGGAAAGUAAGCAUUUUUCUUCAGAGGAUUCCGUCAGUGGCAAUAAGGCAGCUUCUGCUGAGUCCCUUGUCUACCCCAUCUUCAGCGUGUCUUCAACCAAUACAAAAAGAUCUCUAGUCGAAGAACAGUCUUCUGUGGGGUCCAUUGUACCCACCAACGUCUUGAAACAGAUCAAUACCCAGAAAAGUUCUAAUGCCAGAGAUACAAGUAAAGAAACAAAAGACCAGCUUGUCAUUGAUGCCGGUCAGAAGUAUUUUGGUGCCACUAUGUGUAAGUCCUGCGGCAUGAUCUAUACGGCUUCCAACCCCGAGGACGAGCUGCAGCAUGUCCAGCAUCACCACAGGUUUCUGGAAGGAAUCAAGUAUACAGGCUGGAAAAAAGAACGUAUCGUAGCAGAGUAUUGGGAUGGGAAAAUCGUGCUGGUCCUCCCACGUGAUCCAAGUUACACCCUGAGGAAGGUAGAAGAUGUGCAAGAACUUGUCGAUACUGAAUUGGGUUUCCAUCAAGUUGUUCCCAGAUAUCCAAACAAAACCAAGACUUUUCUCUUUAUAUCUGAUGAAAAGAAAGUCGUUGGCUGUUUAAUUGCAGAGCCCAUCAAGCAGGCCUUCCGUGUCCUGUCUGAACCAACUGACCCAGGAUCCACUAACUCAAAAGAAUGUCACAGGGCUUGGCAAUGUUCAAAUGUGCCAGAACCUGCAGUCUGUGGGAUAAGUAGAAUCUGGGUGUUCAGACUGAAGAGAAGAAAGCGCAUUGCAAGACGACUGGUAGAUACCCUCAGGAAUUGCUUCAUGUUUGGCUGUUUUCUCAGCACGAAUGAAAUAGCAUUUUCUGACCCAACACCAGAUGGCAAAUUAUUUGCAACCAAGUACUGCAACACCCCUAAUUUCCUUGUGUACAAUUUCAGUAGUUAAAGCCGAUUUCACUGUUAACACAGUUACUGUGUGGAGUUGACAGCCCCGUAGCACAUAAUACAAACUAACACAUAUGAAAUAAAAGACAAAAGAUAAGCGGACACACACCCACACACAAACCUGCCUGGUUUUGUUCCUUAUGCAUUGAAAAGUCAGGGAUAAGUUUGUUAACUGGGCAUUUGAAGAAAGGAAAAAUCUUUGAAUCAUAUACACUGACUAGCACUUUGAAACCUUAAUUGUGAAGCUUUGUAGCCACGACUGGAAAAUGACUUUGCCUCCUGCUUGAGACAUGAUAAACCAAGUGCUUCUCCCCAGAAACAGCCUCACCCCUCUUUAGUAAAGUACACUUUAGGGUGAGGGUUAUCUCGUGCACAGGCAGUGAGAAGCAGACAGGCAAAAUUUCUAUGCCCAAAUUUUAAAGAUAAUUCCUAAAUUUUAAACACAAAAUUCUCAUAGGUACUUGGCUGAGCAAGUUAAUUUGAUUAUCUUUAGAAAGUGUUUUCAAAUUCUAAUUUAUAACAGGAAAAGAUGGUAAAGAAUGUGUAAACUUUCCACAUCCUUUUAUGUAGAAGCAGAAGUCUAUAACUUCAUGUUUUAAUUGUCUAAAAACUUUAUAAUCAAAAGCUUUGCCUGUCAUCAUAUUUAAUUAAAAUUAAUUGCACUACCCUCAUUAAUUUUUGGUGUUAGAUAGGCUAAUUGUGCUACAUAGAGAACUUAUUGCUACAAUAACAAAAUGAGGGCUGGUUGAUUAUAGCUUAAUUUUUCUCCCUAUUUGAAAGUACGUCUUAUUCUGAGGCAUCUGGAAAAGUACUGUCAAAAUGUAUAAUAACAGAACCAAAAUUAGUAAAUAGAUACAUCUAAGCUGGUGAGCCAGAGAAAAAUUGCCAUGUGAGUACACCAACAUAUAUGCUCUCGUUUGGUGUGAUUCUUGGAGGGAGGCCGACUUUAAAAGGCACGUUGUGAUUGUAAACCAUUUCACUAAUAUCUGGCAUUAAGACUCAUUAGUUUUCCAGGCUGAAACUAGAAUCUGUUCAUCCGCGUUCUUUUAUUUGCCUGUAGGUUAACACUGUUCCCAAAUUUAAAGGCUUGAGUUCUGAAAAGAACGUGUGGAAGUGUUAAAAUAUGUUUAUGCAAACACUUUAAUGCUAUUUUCUGCACUGUUGUUCCUUAAACAUUGUUUUAAAUAUCUUAUUUAAAAAUUUUUAUUAACAUUAUUUUGUUUGCUCAAUGCUUUUGUGAUGGAUCAAUUAAAAUACUUAUUAAUACUGUCUACUCUCAUAUAAUUAAAUGCUGACUUUCUUGUUAAUUAUGUGGUUAUAAAAUUGUGGUUAUAAAAAAUACAGCUUGCUCUUUGAAAAGAAAC